AUGAUCUCCCUUCACCCAUUUCGCGCCACCUUUUCCCGGCGAUGCAUCGCCGCAACCUCCGGCGUGCGAACCUACGCUAGCCAGACGCCCGGCAAUCCCAUGAUAGAGAUCUUCAACCGCAAAACAAAGCACCUGCAGAAGGACCGGGCUGCUCGGAAUGUCGAAGAGAGCCGGAAAACGGAUUACCUGAAGGAUGAAGUGGCGCUGCGCUUAUGCGAACGGUUGCUGGACAUCAAGCGCGACUUCCAUAAUGUGCUCGAUCUGGGUGCGAACAGCUGCAAUAUUGCGCGGGCAUUGACAACACCGAACCUCGAUAUCGCAGUGCCCGAGGGUACUCCAUCACCACCACUGGCAGAACGGAUCUCGAAGUUGACAUGCGUGGAGACAUCACAUGCGCUGCUUCACCGAGAUGAGGAGCUGCCUUUCAAUAAAGAGAUCAAUAUUCAUCGUGAUGUGAUCCCCGACCUCGAGACACUGCCAUACCAGCCGAACACAUUCGAUGCGGUCCUGUCGUCACUAUCCAUGCACUGGAUCAACGACCUACCUGCAUUGCUGGAGCAGGUGAAUACUAUGCUCAAGCCCGACAGCCCCUUCAUUGCUGCAAUGUUCGGUGGCGAUACUCUUUUCGAGCUACGGGGAUCGUUGCAGCUAGCUGAUUUGGAGCGCCGCGGUGGUGUCACUCCGCACAUAUCCCCGCUGGUUGACGUACGGGACGUUGGAAAUCUACUGAACCGCGCUGGGUUCAAGAUGCUUACUGUCGAUGUCGAGGACAUCGUGGUAGAGUUCCCGGAUUCUUUUGCGCUCAUGCAGGACCUGCAGGCCAUGGGCGAGAGCAAUGCUAUCAUGCACCGUGAGGCUGGGCCCCUGUCACGGGAUGUUUUGCUGGCCAACGAAGCUAUCUACAGGCAGAUGUAUAUGGAGGAGGAUGCUCCGGGAAUCCCAGCAACAUUCCGCAUGAUUUACAUGAUCGGAUGGAAGGAAGGCGGCAACCAGCCGCAGCCACUCCAGCGCGGAAGCGGCGAGCUCAACCUGAAGGAUAUUCUGGGUGGUGGUGAUUUCCAAAAACCAUGA